AUGGAGCAGGUCACCGCCGAUCUCUACAACGUCUUUCUGGUGACAGAGAUCGGUACUACGGCCGUGAGCGCCGUGACACUCGCGAUUGUUCGCGCAGCCCGGAUACUCGUGACCGCGACCGAGGCGACCGCGAAGAUGCAGCAUCAGCGGCCGACGUACCAUAACCUUCCGCAAAAGCUGUCAUAG